AUGUCAACCAUGGUAUGCACUACAAAAGGAUGCCAACACAAAACCUUAUGUUCCGAUUGCAUUGUCACUCACCCUAAAAAUCAUCUGGCUGCAAUCCUACCAUUAAGGGAUUUCGAUCCUUCUAGUUACUCUGUACCAAAAACCAUUGCCAAGGAUUUGAGCAUUGUUAGAUAGAGAAUGUCAAUGUUGUAGAAUCAUUUGAUUCAAACUAGAGAAAUUCGAAAGUCCGAAUGUAAGAGGUUAUAAAAACACAUUGUCAACUACUUUACAGAUGAAUUAGAUUCCUUUAUUAAAAGUGUUAUGCUUUAAAUUGAGUCAUUUUACAAUGAAAAACAUACCAAAAUUGCAGAAGUUACUCAAAAUUGUGAAGAACAUAUCAAUAAAUUGAAUUCAAUUAUUAAUGGAGAAGUAGAUGAUUCAAGAAAAUUUGAUUUCUUAUUAGAUUUGCAAGAGAAAUUAUUACAAAUUAUUGUACCUACUCUUACCAAAUAAGCAGAAGACUUAAGCAGAUUAAGUAUAAGCAGCGAUAUCUUAAUAAAUUAAAAUUUUGAAAAAGCUAUUUAAGUUGUCAUAGAAAAGGCCUUUGUUGUCAGCAAUAUAUUAAACACUGAGAAGAAACCUGUUGUAAUGGAUGAACCUGAAUAUGAUUCUUUGACCAUUUUCAAGGUCAAUCUAAAAAAUUAAUAAAAGAAUCUAGACUUCUAUAAGUCAUCCAUUCAACCAUAUUUACACUCUGAUUUACUCGGAAAAGAGUACAAAGUUCCUUAGAGUUCUGAUUUUGUACCAAAAACAGUUCCAAAAGAAGCUCCUUAAUUAAAUGGUCUACCCUUUGAAAUCUUUAUUAGCUAGUAGAAACAUUUGAACACUGUUAUCUAAGGUCAUUUAGACAUAGUUACUGCUGUUUGUGUUUUGAAUUUAAAUUAAAUUGCCUCUGCUGGAGGUGAGGGAGUAUUGAAAUUUUGGGAUAUAGAUUCAUAAAUUUGUUUAGGAACAAUAGAGGCUCACAAAGGUGAAAUUUGGUGUUUGUGUGCAAUUACUGAUGACUUUAAUUAAGAUAUAGCUGAGAAGUUGGUUUCAGGAGGGAAUGAUAGAUUGAUACAUAUUUGGAAUGUUUAAUAUAUGACCUUGGAGUUUACCUUGGUUGGUCAUUUAGACAUUGUGAAAAGCCUGUGCUAUUUAAAAAAGUUUUAGUAUAUCUGUUCUGGAGGUGGGGAUUACAGAAUAAAGAUUUGGAAUAGAGACAAGUGUUUCUAUACAAUUGAGGAUGCUCAUAAAAAGAUUGUUAGAACAAUCAUUUAAUUAGAUGACGAUAAUUUUGCAUCUGGAGGGGAUUGUUUCAUCAAAAUUUGGAGUGCAUUCAAAGGAUAAUUGAAGUAUGAACUGGCUCAUGGGGAUGAUGUUUAUUGUUUGAAGGAAUUACCAAAUUAAAUGUUGGCUAGUGGAGGAGCUGAUAGAAUAAUCAUUAUCUGGAAUUUAAGAGGGGGUUUUAAAGCUCAUAAAUUAUAGGCUCAUAAUGAAACUAUUACUUGUUUAGGGUUUCAUAAGUAUUUAUUCAGUGCAGGAAUUGACAAGACUUUAAGAGUAUGGGAAAUCAAGGAUUAAGCCACUCUCAUGAAGAGUAUUAAAGUCCAUACGGAAUAAAUUAGUUGCAUGGCUGUCAAUCAAUAUAGAGAAUUAAUUCUUACUGGUAGUUGGGACAAGAGAGUUAGAAUAGUAUCCUUAGAAUAUGUUAUUUAGAGAAAAUGA